UGCAAAUAGACAGCGGUCACAUCGUCUAUUGAGGAAGUACACAUGUGUACCGAAUGCUUAAACAAUUUCCAGUGUCUCGUUUGAUUUGCCGUUAGUUGCUGACCGUCUGUGAUAAAACAAGGCGAUAUAAUUUAUAAGAUUCAAAAAUAUUUCAAUGUAAAUACGGAUAGCUGGGUCUAAUAAGCUCUGCCAGAAUGGGUAACAAUACUUCAAGUCCUUCAAAGGACUUCACUAUUCUGGAAGCAAUGAACAUGGAGGAGGCUCUAACGUGUGCGGUGUGUUUAGAACUAUACAAACAUCCCCUUCAACUACCUUGUCCCCACUCGUUCUGUCGAGGCUGCCUGCAGAACAUUGCCCCUAAAACAGGAAGUAGUGUUUUCAACUGCCCCUUAUGUCGAGGAAGAAUUGUUCUUGGUGUUCGUGGUCUCAGUGGUUUAAAGAAGAACAUACAACUUGCCCAGAUUGUGGAAAUUUACAAGAAAAAUCGAGCGAGACAGAUACGGGAAAAUCCAGCAACUAAUUAUACACCAACAACACCAAUAGCAGAACCUUCAACAGACGCUACGUAUACAGAAUUAAUUCCUGAUCCAGAUCCCGUACAGGGUGCCACUGCUCCCCCACUGCCUGUGCCACGACCUGUAAAUCAAACACCAAUGCCGUCGUUCCAGGAGUUAUGGAAUAUCCUAAGCGAGGGUUGUGAUGAUUCAGACAUUGAGCGUCUGUUUAACUUGGUAGAGGAAAUUAUGGUAUCCAAUACUUUAAACCAAGCCGCAGUAAACGCAACUGCAGUGCAGGAACCGAGGGAUAUGACAGACAAUCCACCAGGCUUACCACCAAGAGCUGACCGACCAGCACAACCCGUACCAGUAAACGCAACUGCAGUGCAGGAACCGAGGGAUAUGACAGACAAUCCACCAGGCUUACCACCAAGAGCUGACCGACCAGCACAACCCGUACCAGGUACGUCUGUGGAAGAGAUAGUUCCAACAUAUUACGCAGAAACUAACGAAUCAGAAAACAUUUCAGAGAAUUCUGGUGUUACGGGUUUAUCCGGGAUGCAUAAUGAUGAAGUCGUACGAGGUACCAACACAACUGAAACACAAGCCGAUGCAUGUCCAGAACCAUCACAAGUUAAUGAACAAAAACCUCCACCAUUACCAUCGAUUAAAGGUCGACUACCUCUACAUGUUAGACUCGGAAAUCUUUCAGCGGUCUCGGAAGAGAGUUCGACAAGUGCGUCUUCGGGUACAUUUUUUGCUGAGGCUGAUCCCCUUUCAGGAAACCUCCCCCAGUUUUCAUCCGACGAUUCCGUAACGAGUGGAUAUGAAAAUAUGCCAACAAACGACGAAACGUCUACUGAUGCAUCGGGUGAACAGGCUGUAACCUCGGAAUCACCAAUGACCCCGGUAACAGCAUUGGAGGAACCAGAAUCCACAAACGCAUCGUCAACAGUAGCUUGCAGUGACACCGGGGCCACUCUGAUGGCUUUAUCCAAUUCAACUAAGGAAUUUCAAAGUGGAGACCAAAUACAGCCGUCUGUAACGAAAGCCCAGAACAUAAACCAACGAAUAAUAGAACUUCAACAUCGAAUCGUUGCUCAGUAUGAAAGCUAUCGCCAUUUUAAUGGUGACAGAGAAGACAAUCAUCCAAAAUUAGUGCACACCCAAUGUUUAAAACAAAUACCAACAAACAAUAUGAUCAGUGGACAACAAAUAUCUACAGACCAGCCAGGUGCAGAUAGCAACACAAACCAGACUCUAUCAGGAGCAAAUCUGCGGAAUAAAGAGGUAUGGAAUUUGCCACCAAAACGCCAAGUUUCCCUUCCUGAAUGUCCUCUUUCUAAUCCAGUUGAGAAUACCUUGAGUAUAAUCACACCUACCAAACCAGUACGACCAGCCCCUCCCCCACCACGACCUAAACCACAAGUACGCCCGUCUGAUCCAGGGCCUGAACUUACCCAUCUCCUACCUAAAGUUGCACCUAGAGUUGCACCUAAACCAAAACUGAUGCCGAGGGAUACACAUUAGAAAGUUAGUAAAUUUAUCAACGAUUUGAAAAUAACGGAACAAUUUUUGUAAUUUUGUAAUCAGAUGUCAUAGUGCGGAGGAACAAUUUUUAUAAAAUAAGACAUGGGUGAUCUGGUGUUAUGAUUCGUGGUAGAACUAAAUUAAACCACCAUCAUGUUUUGUGGCAUGCUGAGUGAUAGCCGAAUGUGAAUGAUUAGAAACUCGGACAGCAGUACUUGUGUUUGCUCCUUUCAUAAAGGAGUUUAAGAUAACGCAAGACGCGCUCUGUCAAAGUAUGGUGUGAUCGGUGAAAUUAAUUAGUUUGCUUUCCUUUAAAAGGAAUUAAAUAUAUAUCUAAAGGAUAAUAUUGGUGUCCACCAAUACUACAUAGGUAAUAGAACUAGUUAAACUCAUUCUAAUUACAAUUUUAACACAGAGAUCUUUGUUACCGGAUCCGUAACAUAGAUGUGAAGAAUUGGGAAGUGACGCAAAUAAAGGAAAGCAGGUAUUGUUACUGGCUGAGUAAGAGUGAUAACAGACAGUUACAGAUAAAAGUGCCCUUAGUUCUAAGCUGCAAACAAUUUUCCUGUAAUCGAUGAGAGUAACACUCCUAUCGGUUAGUUUGCUUUCAUAAAGGCCAUUAAUGGAACGCAAUACGCACCCCUUUCAAUGAUGUGUUCAAAGUUGAGUCUCUGGGCGAAAGCGACGAUGCUAUCAAUUCGUUGGUAUUGUCGAGUGCUUUCUGUAAGAGGAUUUAGGCAUGUGUUCUACUUUAGUCAAUUGUAUAUUAUAUUAGCUAGAGGUUAUGACGAGAUAGUCUCGAUUAGCAAGUAAUAUUGCUAAGAUAAUAAAGUCUCGAAUAUCCAGUUUAACGUUAAAUUAUUAAAUGGCACGUACCUAUGUUCUAAUCCAUUCAACAUACGAUGAUCGAGAGAGUUGAAUAUUGGGCUUGUCAUGUGAAUAAAUGUCUAAUAAUAAUUUGUAAUUAUAACAUUUGACCUGCAAUUGACAGAUUUAGCUCUUACAUAAUGUACCUUUAAUGUUGACAUGAUUAUUAUUGUGUAUUUUGCAAAAGGACCACGUGCAGUAGACCGUAUAUAAUUUAUUUUACAAAAACUGCAAACCUCAAAUUAUGCAUAUUUAAAGGGGUCUUAAAUUACCUAGAUCGACCCAUAAUACAAAGAAAAAAUAAAUAACAUUUCAAAGGAAAAGAUCACAAAUUUACUGUUUAGAAUAUGUUCAUGUUACAUGAUAAAUGAAAAGCUGGUGUGUCGUCACAAUAUAACCCGUGGUCCUUAAAGAGGCUUUAUGUAAGAUUUAAAUAAAGGGCUGGCCGUUAUUGCUAUAAUAGUUCAAAAAUAGAUAAUGCAAAAUGAAUAUAUUGAAAAUUUUAUUCAGAUUACUUUAUUCUGAGCUAAGUUAUUAAUGUUUGUUGUUUUGGCAAGAUGAGUGCAUUGAUUGUUAUUAUCGUAACAACGAUGCUGGUUAUUCGAGACUUGGCAUCGCAUCUCCAUUUUUGAAUUAAAUAUUUAAAUAGCCAAACCGUUCUAAUCUACUUAAAAUCGGAGCCAACCGAUGGCAUCGAGAGUUAAUUAUAGUCUUGUCAUGUUAAUAAAUGUCUAAUUAAUGAUUUAUAUAACAUUUAAGGCGUAAAGAGAGACCUGCAAUAGGCAUAUUUAACUCUUGCAUGAUGGCUCUUUAAACUAUGAAAGUCAUAUAGAAUGACGCAUAUUAUUUUUUUUAUGUUUAAUGUACUGUAAAUAUUGUAAAGUAUUAUUCAGCAAAACGAGCUGCUGGUUUUUAAAAGAUAUAUACAUGUAUAUAAUUUUUUUUUUCAUGAGUCAUUCCACGUGACUUUUCUAGUAUUACGUAUAAAUGGCCCUGUGAAACAGAUACCGCUCGCAUUAUGAAGCGAGGUCAUUUUCUCAUUUAAUCAUUUAAUUAGUGAUCAUUAAUGUAAACUAGUGUUUAGUAUGCAUAGAAAGUGGUUACAAAUAAUACACUCGCCAUUAAUCAACAGGACCCUGUUUCUCGAAAUUUUAACUAAAGAUAAAAUCCAAUUUUAGUAGAUACUUCAAUUUUGAUUGGCUAAGCACUAAAAUCAAUCUAAUAUUAUCCAAUCAAAUUACUAAAAUUUGGAUUUUAUCUUAGUUAAAAUUUCGUGAAGCAGGCCCCUGGUGUGUAACUAAUUAUAAAAGUCAUAUGUUCAUAAAUGAACUCUAUCGACUUAUUUUGCUAGCUGACCAGAUUGGCGUAUUGGAGGGGGGUGGGGGGUGGGGAGACCCUCUUUCAUGUCUCCUAUUUAAUCUGAGGCCUCCGAUUUCGUAUUUCUAUAAUUCCUGAAACCAUGUGGCUGAAAAACGUCUGGGCCCGAGUUCACAAAGCAUUCUCAGACUUAAGUUGAGAAUUGGCUCAACUUUCAAUCACUGUUUAUGAGAAAUUUCCUUGAUGCAGAAACACAAAACGUUGCACAUAGUUUCUUAUUGAUGUACUAGUAUUUGAUACAUUCAAACAACAAAAUUAAUAUAAAGGGCUAUACUUUAGUUAAAAUAAGGUGAACAAGUUAGAGUAAAUUCUCAACUUAAGUCUGAGAAUGCUUUGUGAACUCUGGGUCUGAUAUACGUUUGUAUGUAUUAUAUUGUUGUGUUAUUUACUGGGGUCGCGGGUUCGAUUCCCAACGAGACAAUUCGGUCGUACAAAACUGAAGAUUAUUUUUUACGCAGUUGUUUUGUUGUCUUAUUUAUUAAAUAAUUGUAUUCGGAUUUAAAUUAAUAUUGAACCAAUGUGAGUAAGAUUGAUAAGAUGUGUCGACGUAAAGACUCUGGAACAAUCCAGAGCGCCAGAACUGUCACCAGGGUGGUUCCCAGUUAAGCAUUAUUAUGAUAAAUACCUUGUAAUUUUUAAUUGUUGAAUUUUGUUAAUUAUUUUUGAUAGAAGUUUUAAUAAACCAUUUGUAUUUUUUAAA